AUGAGUAAUGAUUCCUUUGACGUCCAUAAGAAAGACCAACCACCACCCAAUUGGCAUAUCGUUAAUUGUACUACGCCUGCUCAAUAUUUCCAUGUUUUGCGUAGACAGAUGCAUCGUACAUAUCGUAAACCUUUAAUUGUUGCUUCACCUAAAAGUUUAUUAAAAUCACCUCUCGCUGUAAGCUCCUUAAAAGAAAUGGCGCCUGGUACACAUUUCCAACCUAUCUUAUCUGAUCCUAUUAUUCGCGAUCCUUCUAAAAUUAAAAAGGUUGUCUUUUUAUCUGGUAAAUUUUAUUAUGAUCUUGUAAAAGAAAGAGAGAAACGAGGUUUAGACGAUACAAUUGCUUUAAUUCGCGUUGAAGAGCUAUGUCCAUUCCCAAAGACAGAGUUACAAGAUGAAAUCAGCAAGUUCUCUGGUGCACAAGAAUUUAUUUGGUGUCAAGAGGAACCUCAAAAUGCAGGUGCUUAUGCUUUUAUGGCCCCUAGAUUAGCUCAAAUUUUACCAGAGAAUAAGGUAAAAUAG